AGUUUGUCGGGAUGGUCGCCAGUUUAUGUUCAGGAUAAUUUGGGUGUCAUGUCAAUUGGAUUCAUGUUGCCCGAUCCUGACGAUGCGGUUAUCUGGCGUGGACCAAAAAAGAAUGGUUUGAUCAAACAAUUCUUAAAAGACGUGGAUUGGGGAGAAUUGGAUUUCAUACUAAUCGACACACCACCCGGUACGUCUGACGAACAUCUGUCGAUCUCACAAUAUCUCAAAGAAAGUGGAAUCGAUGGGGCUAUUAUAAUCACAACACCACAGGAGGUAGCGUUGCAGGAUGUCAGAAAGGAGAUCGACUUCUGCCGAAAAGUCAAGAUUCCGAUCCUAGGAGUCGUUGAAAAUAUGAGUGGAUUCAUCUGUCCCAAUUGCAAAGGAGAGUCGAUAAUAUUUGCACCAACGACCGGCGGGGCAAAGAAAAUGGCCGAAGAGUGUAAUAUCAAGUACUUGGGAUCAAUUCCCCUGGAUCCGAGAAUCGGAAAAGCAUGUGAUUCUGGUAUAUCGUUUUUAGAUGA